AUGAAUAUCGCACGUGACAACGACAAUGAAACCGUCCUUCUCCGCCUGCUGGCAACGGACAAUGUUUGGGUUGACCAGAUCUUCCCAUUGCUUGAUUCAAACGAUUCAGCCUCUGUGGCACUGGUCAACGCGCUUACGAAUGAACACUACAAGGACUAUUCUCCUUUGGAAUUCUUUCUUCUUAAUCCAAAGUUUCGCGAUUCCAUCUUUUCCUAUCUGGGCAUGGGCCACUAUGCUUUUGUUGGACCUCUCAACAAGAAUCUGAAUCAUAUUUACAAGAGCUACUGGGACAAAACGAAAAUUCCACCAAGAGUGCGGACUAUUGACAAUCCACGAAGGAUCGUUAGUUACAAUUAUGUUGUCGAAUUUUUCAACCGACAAGAUGAAACUAUUUUCUCCUAUCGACCCGCGACGAGCCAGGACACUUUUCACAGCGCCAUCUUCUGCAGUGUGGCGUGUGCUGAAUAUUGGCUGACCCGUGAUCGCCGCAGUACUACGAGGCCCGUCUCACAUUGGGUUUGCUUCGCUAGCGCCAAGACUGGGAAUCAGGCAGUUCUUCAGUGGGCCAUCGAACGAGGAUUCAAAGCUCUAGCUUGUGAAGGCGCUGCUGCUGGUGGUCAUUUAGGGCUUCUCCAAUGGUUGCGUGGUAUGGACUUUCCCUGGAGUUCCCAUGUUUACACAUGUGCUGCCAAGAACGGCCAUUUUGAACCACUACGAUGGGCCCAUGAAAAUGGCUGUCCCUUUGAUGCACUUUCCGUGACAUGCACUGAUGUUGUCCACCAUGGCAACUUGGAUCUGUUCAAAUGGUGGCGCAACCAUGGUUGCUCGUGGAAUGAAUCUACAUGCUCAGCAGCGGCGGCAGCAGGACAGUUUGAAAUUCUACAAUGGGCCCAUGAGAAUGGAUGUCCCUGGGAUUCUCGAACGUGCAAUGAUGCUGCCACGUAUGGACACAUUGCCAUCCUCCAGUAUGCUCAUGAAAAGGGCUGUCCGUGGGAUUGGGACGAAUCCACUUGUGUCCGAGCCGCUUGUGGAGGCUUUCUGAAGGUCCUGCAAUAUGCCCAUGAGAAAGGAUGUCCCUUGGAUUCUCGAACAUGCCACAAUGCCGCCGCGAAUGGACACCUUGACAUCCUGCAGUAUGUUCAUGAUACCGGUAGGGGCUGUCUGUUGGACACAGAGACAUCCGCCAAGGCUGCCUUCAACGGAAAUCUGAACAUUCUGAAAUGGCUUCAUCAAAAGGGCUGCCCUUUGGAUGAAAGAAUCUGCUUGUAUGCUGCUAUGGGUGGACAUCUGAAAGUCUUGCAAUGGUCCCAUGAGAAUGGAUUGCCCUUGGACCAUAUAACGUGCGCGGCUGCCGCUUUGCAUGGCCACUUGAAUUGUCUGAAGUGGGCCUGGAAAAAGGGAUGUCCAUCAAAAUAUGAUCUCGUGGAUUUGGCAAUAAUCGCUGCACACGAGGGGCACAAACAUGUCGAAGACUGGACGCGUACCCAGUUAUAG